AUGGCCGCCUUUCGCAGACUGGCAGUCCUGGCCCGUAACACAACCCUGUGGUCUGCGGGAAAACAGCACUUCUCGAGCGGACACAAGAGAGGAGGCAGAGGGUCUCUCCCAGCUGGCGUGUGUCUGGCAACUGGAGGGGUCGUAGCUUAUUAUUUCUACAAUGAUUGGACAAGUGACAGACCCGGGAAGAGGAUGGAGAGACCUGGCAUCAAUGGCCAGGGUUUGUUGCCCUACAUCCCGACCGUGGCAGCCAAAGAUAAGACUCAGGUGUUUGACUUUGAGACCGGGGAUGUGCGUAUGUCAUCUCACGAAUACAGAUUCCGGAUGUUCAGUUCCGUUGAAUAUGACGGACAACUCUACAUGACACCACAAAACUUCAUUGAGUCUGUGACCAUGAGCGAACCCAGAAACAAGAGGCCCUGGAAGUCCCUGAGCAAACAGGAACUGGAAAAGAUUCUCACGGACACUCCACCAGUCUGGAAAGGCUCGUCCAAAAUAUUUCGUAAUCUCAGAGACCGAGGUAUCAUCUCCUACACCGAGUACCUUUUCCUGCUCUGUAUCCUCACAAAACCCCACGCUGGCUUCAAGAUUGCCUUCAAUAUGUUUGAUGCAGACGGGAACCAGAUGGUGGACAAGAGGGAGUUCUUAGUGUUGCAAGAAAUAUUUCGGAAAAAGAAUGAGAAGAGAGGAAGAAAAGGUGAUGCAGAAAAAUCAGCGCAGUUGACUAUGCAGCUGUACGGAUAUCAGAUUGCCCCCGCCAACAGCGUGCUUAAAAAAGAGGGUCAGGAGUUUGUGUCGCGGAGUUACUGGGACGUUCUGAGGCGAGGGGCCAGUCAAGUCCUGUUUUCUGACCUGGCGGAGCGUGCAGAUGACAACAUGACAAUUGACACAACACUACUGGUCCAUUUCUUUGGGAAAAAGGGGAAGGCGGAGCUGACCUUCGAUGAUUUCUACAGGUUUAUGGACAACCUCCAAACAGAGGUGCUGGAGAUCGAGUUUCUCACAUACUCUAAAGGAAUGACCACCAUCAGCGAGGAGGACUUUGCCAAGAUUUUGCUGCGCUUCACCAAUGUUGAAAAUAUCAACGCCUAUCUGGAGAACGUCCGACAAUCUAUCCCAGAUGAAAAGGGAAUCACAUUUGAUGAAUUCAGAUCAUUCUUCCAAUUUCUUAACAACCUUGAAGACUUUGCUAUAACCAUGCAGAUGUACACUUUUGCAGCACGCUCUAUUGGACAAGAUGAGUUUGCAAGAGCGGUGUAUGUUGCCACAGGUCUGAAGCUUACACGUCAUCUGGUCCACACCAUUUUUAAGAUCUUUGACGUUGAUCAUGAUGACCAGUUGUCACACAAAGAAUUUAUCGGCAUCAUGAAGGACCGACUACACAGAGGCGCACGAGGAUACAAAUCUGCAGAACGCGCCACCUCAUUUCGUUCAUGUCUCAAGAAAGAGUUGGCGAACAGGUAA